AUGACGUUACGUGAGCUUUUGUUGCGUGUCUCCGACGCAGGAGAACCGCUGGUGAGCUGUUCGUACGGCCAAGGCGUGCUGACACUGCCUUCUUUGCCGCUUCCCGAUGGCUACGAUGGCUCUCAACCGCUAUUUACUAUAAAAUUGGUCAUUGCAGGUGGGUCACCUCUUGCGCGCGACGGAUUAAUUUGGACAAAUUGUCCCGUGAAUAGUGGAGCGGAGUUUGUGCGCGACAAAUUCGUCAAGAAGAAAAUCAAUGCUACGUUUCACCAAGAUUCGCACGUUGAAAUCGAGGUAUAUGCACCCGGAGCCUUCUGCUUCUAUUUCUCGUUCAGAAACGAGCACGACGAACUAGAGACCACGAGGAGAUUUUAUUUCGUGUCCCCGCCUAAUCUCUAUGUCUCAGGUAAGUACGUUCCCCUGAACUCGAUUGCUAUGCAAAGCGUCGUUUCCAAGUGGAUGGGAUCCGAUUGGGAUCCUGUGUUUGAAAAGAUUGCUUCAAAAGGAUAUAACAUGAUACACUUCACUCCCUUGCAGAAAAGAGGCGAAUCGAAUUCGCCUUAUUCGAUCUACGAUCAACUAGAGUUUGAUCCAGCCUUCUUUCCAAACAACGUACAGGACGUUAAAAAGACUGUCGAUAGCUUACAUGAGAAACAUGGCAUCCUCACAUUGACGGAUGUUGUGUUCAACCACACUGCAAAUAACUCCCCUUGGCUUGCGGAACAUCCAGACUCCGGCUACAAUCACAAGACGGCGCCUCAUCUCAUCAGUGCAAUAGAACUGGACGCAUCACUUCUUGAAUUUAGUGAUGCUCUUCCCAGUCUCGGACUCCCAGUGGACUUGCAUACCACCAAAGACUUGUUUGCAAUCAUGGAUGGUAUCAAAGCGCACGUUUUGUCUACCUUGAAGCUUUGGGAGUUUUAUGUCAUUGAUUCCACCUCCACAGUAGAGGCUGUCGAAUCUGAUUGGAAUAUGAUAUCUAAUGAAACCAUUGAAGUUCCGGACAGUGUUAAAAGUGACCUGGUCGAGUUAUCUGCAUUUGUUCGCGAUAAUGCCUCCGCGGAAGGUUUCGGCCAACUAGGAGAAAGGUUCUCUAAUAGGCUUGACAGUGUUAAGUUUGUGACCAUUCUGAAAUCUCUAUAUGGACAGACUUUUAGCGAUACGGUCGCAGAGGAGGCUCACAAGAUCAUCGAUGAAUUAAACCUCCCACUUUACCGAGAAUAUGAUGAUGAUGUGAGCGACAUUUUGGAGCAGUUGUUCAAUCGCAUAAAGUAUAUGCGAAUCGACGAACAUGGUCCACGACUGGGUACGGUAACACGCGAAUCUCCCUUGAUUGAACCCUAUUUCACUCGUGUCCAAGGAAAAGAUGGUGAAAAGUAUGCUCUUGCGAAUAACGGCUGGAUCUGGAACGGAGAUCCUCUAGUAGACUUUGCCUCCAAUCAAUCUAAAGCAUAUCUUAGACGCGAAGUGAUAGUGUGGGGAGACUGCGUGAAAUUGAGGUAUGGUGCGAAACCACAAGACUCGCCAUAUCUUUGGAAGAGAAUGUCCAAAUACGUGGAGAUCAGCGCCAAACUUUUCGAUGGCUUCAGAAUCGACAACUGUCACUCCACGCCUUUGCACGUCGGCGAGUACUAUUUGGAUCUUGCUCGUAAGCAUAAUCCAAAUUUGUAUGUCGUCGCUGAGCUGUUUUCGGGGUCAGAAUCAAUGGACUGCUUAUUUGUGGAAAGACUCGGUAUCUCCUCUCUUGUGAGAGAGGCCAUGCAGGCGUGGUCAGAAGAAGAAUUGUCUAGAUUGGUUCACAGACACGGUGGAAGGCCUAUCGGCUCUUUCAAGUUUUUACCCUUGGAUGAUUUUGCCUACCCUUCGGACGCUAACAAACUUGACUCUAGUGAAAGCAAGUCUGGGACUAACCAGGAAGUCAAUAUCCCAAAAAUUUUGACAGCAACGCCACCUCAUGCUUUAUUCAUGGACUGCACACAUGACAACGAGACGCCAUUUCAACGGAGAACGGUGGAAGAUACUUUACCCAAUGCUGCCUUAGUGAGUUUUUGUUCUUCAGCCGUCGGUUCAGUCUAUGGGUACGACGAAUGUUUCCCAUAUUUACUUGACGUGGUGGGAGAAUCCAGGACCUAUGAGGUCGAACGUGAUGCUGGUAUAUCGGAAGUCAAAACACGUCUUAACAAGAUUAGAGCAGAAAUUGCUGAUGGUAUUGCUGAAAUUGAGGAUUCAGAAAUGCAUGUUCAUCACGACGGCCAGUUCAUAACUUUUCAGCGGAACAAUGCUAAAACAGGAAAAGGGUGGUUUUUGAUUGCCCGCACAAAAUUCAGUGGGAAUGCCGGGGAGCAGAAAUUGCCGAAAGUCAUUUUCAAUGGCUCUCGCUGUGAGCUGGACUUUGCAUACUCACUUGUGAAAGUCGGCGAUGUUAUUCAAGAUGACAAAGUCAUCAAGGGUGUCCCUACUAAACUCGAAAAGCUAACAGAUUUUUUGGUCAACUACAAUGACGGUGCGAAAGAGUCUAUCAUCGAAAUAAGUGGCGAUUUUCCUCCCGGCUCCAUUGCUGUGUUUAAGACCCAACAAAAUGGUAUCGAUGAAACAUUGUUGGGAUUUCUGCGUUCUGGCGCUUUGAAGGCUUCGGAGAAAUUGGACUUGUACUCCCUGAAUUCCCUUUUGUAUCGCUGUGACGCGGAAGAACGCGAUUUGAGUUCAGGAACAUCAGGCUCUUACAACGUACCCAAUUACGGAACUCUGACAUACUGCGGUCUGCAAGGAUGGGUCUCUGUAUUGAGACGUAUCAUUUUUAGUAACGACCUCGCUCAUCCUUUGAGUGAACAUCUUCGUUCUGGUCAUUGGGCUUUGGACUAUGUUGUUCAAAGACUUGAUAUCUACAAGGAUAAACAGGGAGGAGUUGCAGAGAUGCAGGACUGGCUUGCUUCUCGGUUCGACAGAGUCAAGCAACUUCCUUCGUUUUUGGUUCCAACUUACUUCGCACUAGUGAUCGGCACAGCUUACCAAGCUUGUCGUUUCAGAGCGCUUAGACUGCUGUCUGAAAAUGUGGGGGAUUCUACAAGAUUUGUUCAAAGUUUGGCUUUGACAUCUUUACAGAUGGUCUCCAAAAUGCAAUCAACUUCUUUGUUGCCUGACGAAAAAGUCCCCUGCAUGGCAGCAGGUCUUCCUCAUUUUGCCACGAACUACAUGCGGUGCUGGGGAAGAGACGUUUUCAUUUCUCCGAGAGGCCUUUUACUUACAACAGGACGUUAUGACGAUGCAAAGGAACACAUUCUGGCCUUUGCUAAAACUCUCAAGCAUGGACUGAUUCCCAACCUUCUAGACGCGGGCAGAAACCCGCGCUUCAAUGCUCGUGACGCCGCCUGGUUCUUCUUACAGUCCAUUCAAGAUUAUGUCAACAUUGUGCCAGGCGGAGAAACAAUUUUGAAGGAAAGUGUUACAAGACGCUUCCCACUAGACGACACUUACGUUCCGGAGGAUGACCCUCGUGCAUUUUCGUAUGAGUCUACAAUCGAAGAGGUUGUAUAUGAAAUCCUGGCCAGGCACGCCCGCGGCAUUACCUAUCGAGAGGCGAAUGCGGGACCAAACUUAGACAGAGUUAUGUCUGACAAGGGGUUUGAUGUUGAGGUUAAGGUUCAUUGGGAAACCGGUUUGAUUCAUGGAGGGUCACAAUACAAUUGCGGAACAUGGAUGGAUAAGAUGGGGGAAAGUGACAAGGCCAAUUCGAGUGGCGUCCCAGGGACUCCUCGCGAUGGGGCCGCUGUUGAAAUUAAUGGAUUACUCAAGAGUGCUUUAAGAUUUGUCACGCAGCUGCACAAAAAAGGGCUUUUCAAGCGCACUGAUGUAGAGAAGGCAGAUGGCAGUAUGAUCGCGCUAGCUGAAUGGGAUAAACUCGUGCAACAAAACUUUGAACGCAAGUUUUAUGUUCCCACCAAUCAGUCAGAAGACGAGAAGUAUGAUAUAGAUCCAAAUCUGGUAAAUCGUCGCGGGAUUUACAAGGAUCUUUAUAAAUCAGGAAAGGACUAUGAAGACUACCAAUUGAGGCCAAAUUUUGCCAUAGCAAUGACCGUUGCGCCAGAGCUGUUUACGGCCGAAAAAGCCCUGACAGCUCUGAGGAACGCGGACGCCAUCAUUCGUGGACCCGUGGGGAUGCGCACGUUAGAUCCAAGUGACUAUAACUACCGUCCUUAUUAUAACAAUGGUGAGGACUCUGAUGACUUUGCCACGUCUAAGGGCCGAAACUACCACCAAGGUCCUGAGUGGGUGUGGCUAUACGGUUACUUUAUGCGUGCGUUUUACUACUUCAGCUCGAUUGCUGACCCGCAUUGCCGAACCAAGGACGGCUCUCAUCCGUCUUCGUACCUGCUGCAGCAAUUGUAUUCUCGACUCGAUGGUCAAAAACAUGCUAUCUUUGAAAGUCCUUGGGCAGGUCUCACUGAACUGACUAACAAAGACGGUGCAUUUUGCGGUGAUAGCAGUCCUUCCCAAGCUUGGAGUACAGGAUGUACCUUGGACUUUUUCUACGAUUUAUGGAAUGCAGAGAAGAAAGGCAUUAAGUGA